GACAAGAAGCUUUGAGAGACACGGGUGCACCAAGACGUUAGCUGUUUAUAGCGGUGAGUAGCUUAACACACAGCUCUGGCCAGUAACGUAGAAGUAAGGAAAAUACGAAUGGAGUUACGAGCCUUAACCAACCAACAAACAAUAGGCAAGGACAGUACGAACAGGAAUCUCACACAACACCCAAGACAGGCAAGUGACUCACUGAUCCCCGCAAUUGUUAAGGAGAAGGAAGGAAGGAAGGAAGGAAGGGAGAAGAACCUGUCUGUCAGCCGGAGGGAAGGAGGGGCUGCCUAAGGCUCCCCUUCCACCUCCCCACCAGCAGGAGUGAUGAAUCCCGGCAGCCUCUUCACCAUCAUUACCAACAGCACACUUCUAGCCACCAGACUUCUCUCCAGCCCCUCUGAUGAGAUGCUCACGUUCUCGAGGACUCAAUACUGUGUGGACAUCCCUGAGUCCUCGCCGCUCGCCUCCACCGUCAUCCACGCCUCCGCCAUCCACCACCCCGCCCACCAAGACACCGUGCGUUACUCCAUACCUGAGGGGAACCAGGACGGGGUGUUCACCAUCCACCGCCACUCAGGCCUUGUGUCCCUCGCCGCUCCCCUUGACUAUGAGAACAAGAAGACGCACGAGUUAGUGGUGGCGGCGGAGUGCGCGGGCGUGGCAGCGCGGGCAACGGUGGUAGUGAGAGUGAGGGAUGCCAACGACCACGCACCUGUCUUCCCCCGUCCCGCGCCGCGCCUUACCCUGGUGGAGGAGGACGACCGCGACCUGCCCACGCCCCUGCUGCAGCUUGAGGCGGUGGACAAGGACGAGUGUGACAGAGGGAGGCUGCUGUACAAUGUGGCGGGUGACGGCGUGGACGGCCUGCCCCCUCGUGACGCCUUUCUUCAGCGUGGACCCCCGCAGCGGCAUCCUACUGCAGCUCAGGGCGCUGGACAGAGACCCGCCUGAGGGAAGAAGCCAGUGGAGAGUCAAGGUUCAGGUAAGGGACGGCCAGGUGAAAGAGGAGACACCACCAUCAGCACAACCACAGCUACCACAAGGCAACGAACAACACCAACGAACACAACAGUCUAAAUCACCAGGAAGUCACCAAAGAGAAGAAAAGGACGAAGAGAAGAUUGAAAAUACCCAUCUGUCUCACGCCCAGAACCACACACAAGCACUUCCUAACAAGUCGCGAAACAGGAACCAGAGUGAAAGUAACAGAAACUAGAGAACCAAGUCACAAUUCAAACACGGACGCUUCCUGUGAAAGACCUUUGUACACUGACGCAGGGACAGUGACGGAGAAUGAAGGUAGCGGUGACAAUGAUGGUAAUGGUGAUGCUGCUGAGGGUACCUAUGUGCUGGGCUGUGCUGGAGGAGGGGAGGUGCACGUGGCGGAGGCUGUGGUGGUGAUAGAGGUGAGGGACAUCAAUGACAACGCCCCCGUGUUUCCCGCUUCACACCACGUACGGACAGGUGCUGGAGAAACGGCCCGACAGGUUUACAAGUGGCCCAGGUCUUCGCUACUGACCUGGACGAUCCCAAGACGCGGAACGCCAAAGUGAGGUAUUUCAUCGAGAAGAAUGUGAUAGAGGAGAGCUCCGGUCAGGCGCUCUUUGCCGUGGACGAGGCAACG